GAACGAAAAGUUAGAAGCCAGUAUGAAUUAAGAAAAAGACAAAUACAAAUUAACUGCUCGUUAGAAUCUCUGUAGUCUAUUAUAAAAUUUUUUUAUAUAUUUUAUACUUUUUUUCAAUACUAUAUACUAUUAAAUUAAUAUAACAAUGCAAUAUAAAAUUAUAAUCUUUACUUUCAAUUGCAUGUUUUUGCCGGUGUUUUGUAAUUUAAAUUAUUCGAUGAGUGAACAAUGUUGUAAAUCUUUUUCUUUGAAUCGAACAUACUGCAAAAAUAAUUUGAAUAUAAAAAAUAAUGUUACUAUUGAGAGGAAUAGAAAAAGAUACACGAGUGUUGUGAUAGAAAAAAUAAAAGAUACGAAUAAUAUUAAGAGUGAUUCAGGUUUUAAAAAUUAUGAAAUUUCGUGGUAUUCUAAGAUUCCAUUACUGCCAGUAGUUUUUGCAAGUUCACCGACAAUUCCAGAAGGAAAUUGUAAAAGACAUGCUCUAAGAUAUCUUGAGGAAUUACGUAAUGGAACUCUGUGGGCUGUUCAAAUGUUUGAUUCGUCGACGAAAUAUCCCGAUGGGAUAAUAACUGGUCAUACAAGACACUACGGCAAUUUUGAUGGAUGUUAUCAAUUAAAAACGAGUAUACCGAAACAUAAGUUUGACAUUGAAGCUGAAAAUGAAGAAAUCAAUGGACGAUACUGUAUUGUGAAGGUCGAGUAUCAUAAGAUUAAUACACUCGACCAGCGCAAUGGUCCACAUACACUAGAAUUUGAUAUGAAUGGUUCGGUGUGGGAAACUAUCAAGGAAAAAGGAGAUUUUCGUCGUGUAAAGAGAUAUUUACUUGAACUAGCUCUCUGUGUACCUGAUUCCUGUAGUGCAGUAGAUAUUAAUAGUGCUUUGAAAAAACCUCUCAAAGAAAUUGGACAGGAGAACAAUAUUUUCAUUGACAUUACAAUGAAGGGAAACUGUCAAGCACAAAAUGACAAGACGAACUUCUCGAUCAUCGCUAAAUUUUAUUGUUACAUCAUUUUAAGUCUAGUAUUGUUAAUGUUUGCAAGUACAUGGUAUGAUAACACUACGAAAAAUGAUAAAGAAAAUAAUAAUUCCAUAAUGUCAGAUUUAUUUCUUUGUUUUUCUGCCCGUCGUAAUUUCAAAAGUAUUUCAAAAAUUACGUACAAUCAUGCAGGACUUGAUAGUAUUCACUUAUUUCGCUCGGUAUUCAUGAUUAUGGUCAUUUUUGGCCAUAGAUUAAUGCAGUACUAUACCAAUCCAACAAUGAAUUCAAAUUAUUUGGAAUUUACAUAUACAUUACCAAUAUCAAUUCUCUUGUACAAUGGUCCAAUAAUUGUUGAAUCUUUUUUUGCAUUUGGUGGCUUAUUACUCGCUUACUACUUAUUGAUAGAAUUGGACAAAAAAGGUAGAAUUAAUUUUUCAAUGGCAAUAUUAAUACGGUAUCUCAGAUUAACACCAUCUUAUUUAUUAUUAAUAAUGUUUGUCGCAUUAAUACUGCCUCAUCUCGGAUCUGGACCUUACUGGAGUUCAAAAAUCGGAUUAGAGAGCGAAAGUUGCUCAAAUAAUUGGUGGACUAAUAUAUUAUACAUAAACAACUAUGUUUAUACUGACAAAAUGUGCAUGUUUCAAUCAUGGUACCUUUCUGUGGAUUACCAUUUAUAUAUUAUGGCUUUGUUCAUAAUUUAUUUAUUCUGGAAAAUGCCUCGUAAAUUUGGUUAUCUAUUUCUGGUUUCUAUUAUUUUUAUUGGAUGUAUUAUUCCAUUUUGUAUCACAUACUACUUUAAUAUUCAGCCAAUGUUUCGAGGUUUACCUUACAUGCAAGAGGUUAGAGAAGAUUUUUAUUUUGUAAACCACUACAUAAAAACCCAUGAACGUCUUGCUUCUUAUUUUAUUGGAGUUCUCGCUGGCGCUGUUAUUUACGAUUGCCGUUUAUCGUUAUGGAGAAUAUCAAAACUAUGGUCAAAUAUACUGUUUAUAAUUGCCAUCAUAGUAUGUAUCAAAUCUCAAAAUUUGGGCUUGAAAUACUAUGAUCCAAAUGAACAUCCAUCAUCAUUAGAAGCUGCGUUCUACGCAAGUUUGAAUCGACCUGUUUUUGCCUUUGCAAUCGUUUCAUUAAUCGUUUUAUUAACAGUUGGUGAAGGUUUAGAUGGUCAUCGCAGAAUAUUGCAACCACGAUGGGCGCAGCCAAUUAGUAAAUUAACAUAUGGAGCAUAUCUAGUACACCAUGUAAAUCAAUCUUAUGACAUUGCCGUCAGAAGAAAUGCACGAACUUUCUCAAUACACAAUAUGAUUUGGGAUUUGAUACCAGAUAUCAUUUUAUCUUUCUUCUUUUCUUUAAUUAUUGCAUUAGUAAUAGAAGGCCCAUUUAGAAAUAUUGAAAAACUAUUACUUUUUAAACAAAUUGAAAAACCCGAUAGAUUCUUAAGAAAAAAAGAAGAUAAAGAAAUCUAAUAAUGAUUAAUUAAACUGAGAUAUGUAUAUAUAAAAAAAUUGAAAUAAAUUCGAACAAUAAUGAAGCAUCGGAACUGGGAGACAAUCGAUGAUUACAAGUUAUCUUAAGAUAUUUAGAUUAGUAUUUUUAUACCUUGCAUUUAUUAUUAUCGAUACACAAAAUUCUGUGUAUACUAUUGUAGUGAUAUGUUUAUUCGAUGUCUUGUUAUCGAACGUAGUACAGUAGACUCUGGUUAUAAGUUACAUCGGACGCUCUACUCACUCUCACGUCAAUUUCAUUUUUUCCUGUAAGUAAGAGUACAGACAGAAAUAUAACUUAUAACCAGAGUCUACUGUAUAAAAUAUAUUACCACAGAAAAUGUUAAAAUUCGAAGCAAUUUACACUGCAAAGAAACGGUGUAAGUUCAUGCUUUUCUGAUGUUACAUAAAACCGGUAGCGGUGCUAAAAAAAUUGUUUUAUUUUUGAAGUAUCAGAAGAAAUAUAUUUCAAGUACAAAAAGAAAUUUUUUUUUGGUUCAAAAAUUAAUGGUAAGACAGAUUAAUUUAUGGAGAAAUCCUAAGAAUAUUUGUCCAUAAUUAUAUGUUAAUGUUUUUGUAUAAAGUAUGGGAAACAAGUUUUUCAUGAUUCAACCCGUAUGAAAAAAAUAUAUAUGCGAGCAAAUUUAAUAUAUGAGACAUAUAUGCCUCAUGUAUGAAAUUUGCCCGCAUAUAUAUUUUUUUCAUAUGGGAAGUCUCAUUGCAAACUAAAUCAGUGAGAAAAAUAUAAUAAAAUUAUCAAUUAAU